GUGAAGCAAACCCAUUGCAACAACCUGCAGCAGUCAGCGUGCACUGCUGAGUGCAAUCGGUGCCCCUGGAGCACCCCGGGGUGACGUGGGGAGCAACGCUGAGCCUCGAGCUUCCUUUAAGCUCACAGUGACAUUGGUGAAUGUGUUUUGAAAGCAUCUCUUCCUGCAAGUAGAGGCCAUGGCCAGCGCGGGGGGAGCACAGGAUGGGGUUUGGGAGUGUUCACAGAGCCCCCAGCAGUGCCAGGAGAUGGAAACGGAGCCCUGCAAGCCCCCACCGCUGCCAGGAAAAGCUUGGAGGGCCAUGGCACGCGCCCGCUGUGCCAGCCUGGACCUGGGGGGCUCUAUAGCGAAUGCCCCCGUGUUGGACACCCUGGAGGAGCACCCACCUCAGACCCCCACCUCAGCCCUCAUCUACAGCAACGUGGGAGAGCUGCGUGCCCACCUCGUCCCCACCAAGGCCAGCCGAGGGGAUGGAGCCAGGAGAGCCCCCCCACAGCCCAGCCAUGACCCCCUGCCUCCCCCCUUGCCCCAAAAGCAGCUGCAGCGAGCUGAGUCCCUCCCUGAGCCAGGCACAUGGCAGCCCUACCACCGAGACCCCCUGCCACGACUCAGCAGCCCUUGUCCUCAGCACAAGGACACGGCACCCAGAAAGCCCCUGACCAAAUCACAGAGCCUGGGGGACACCCGGGGGGUGGUUCUGAUGCCUAACCUGGCUGAUCUGACAUUUGGGACAGGGGAUGCGGUGCUGGGCCCGAUCCUACAAGGUCUGGAGGACCGGACAGGGCUGUGUGAGGCCAUGGUGGGCUGCCACGCUGCUGGCCUGGCCCGGCUCUGUGCCCGCGCCAUGGAGGGGCUGAUGGGGUCCUGGGGGGGGCUGCAGGCCAAGCUGGCAGGGCAGGGCUGGGCUGCGCUCAGGGUGCUGCAGCAGGAGCCAUGUUGCCAGAGCGGGGAUGCCUGGUAUUACCGUGUGGGGGUCACCUUUAGGAAAGAACAGCUGGAGCUCGCAGCCAAGGUCCUCAAGCCAGGCUGCUGCAGCACGGAGAUGCAGAGCUCCCUUGGAUCACACUGCAGCAUCCAGCGCAUCAUCAGCCGCUUCACCGACCGCCUCCCAGGGGCGUUGGUGCUCCCAGGUCACCCCGGUGAGCAGGGACUGUCCCCAGGCUGCCCUGCUGUUCCCCGUGUCCUGCAGGUCCUCCUUUGCCCAGAUGUGCCCUACCAGACCCUGGCAGGCUUUGUGGAGAGCUCCCAUGCACUGCAUAGGAGCAGCCCUGGGCACUAUGAACGCCUGGCGUGCCUCCUGCUCCUGCAGCUGUGCACAGGGCUGGAGCACCUCAGGGUGCAGAAUGUGGGGCAGGGUGACAUCUGCUCUGAGAACCUGUUGCUGGUGCAGUGCCCGUGUCCCCCUAGCAGCCAGCAGGACAAGGAGGGAUCCGUGGGGCUGUCCCUUCCAAGGCUGCUCAUCAGCAACUUCUUCAAGUUGAAAGAUAAGACCAGGCCUUGUUCCACCAGCCAAGAGUGGGACUGGACCAAGGGGUCUGCUGCUCUCCCCACCCCGAUGGCAGAUGAGCUGAACGUAGGCAUGCUGAUCUAUAAGAUCUUGCAUGUGGAUAUCUCUCUGGAAAACGCUUUGGAUCUGAGAAGAAAUCAGCUUCCUGCAAUCCCCUCCCUGUCCAUCUAUUCCACGGGACUCAAGCAUUUGACCACGCUGCUUCUCCACCGAGAUCCAUGCAAGAGGGUCUCCAUCAAGGAAGCCAGGCACAUCCUGCAGGUCCUGCUCUGGGGGCCUCGCCAGGAGCUCUUUGCUAAGAGCAGGAAGACGCUGGCCCUGCUCCAGAGCUGGCUGGAGAUGAAGAGAGCAUUGCUGCUGCUGAAGUUGGCUGAGAAGGCGGCUGGAGGGAGCCCUGGCCUCGAGGACUGGCUGUGCUGCCAGUACUUUGUGGAGGCCACUGAGCACAUGCUCUACCAAGUCACCCAGACUCUUUACAAGCCAUAAAGACCAACCUGCUCAGAAGGUUCCCCUUCAAAGCCAAGAGCCCACGGAGGCUCCAGCUCUCAUCUCCCCAACUAAAGCCGGUCCUGGUUGGGAAAACUCAUUUCCAAAUCUGAAACUGCUCCCACACAGCACACGAACAGACCUAAGCAAGCAAGGACCAAACUCUCAGCACAGUACCUUGGCUGCCACGAUGCAAAUGUGUUUUUGCAUCCUCAGCUGAUUUUUGCUCAGUGCUUUGAAUCCAGCUUAUCAGAGCCUCUCAGCAAAGAUAGCUGGAUGGAAGGCACAGGAUGAAGCAGCAGCUCAGCAGCUCAUUGCCCUGAGUUAAAGCGAAUAAAGCUCAGACUUUUCCCAAAAAUCCCUCCUCCUGCACAGCUGCUGCCAUUGUUUUAAAUAACAAUACGAAACAAUACAUUAUUGCUCACUAAAGACGCACUUAUGGGAGGAGAAAAGCAACAGAUCAUACAGCCAUGUCCUUUUUAGGAACAGCUUGUGGCACAGUCACAAAUAGAAAUGACAUUCAGAGGAGGAAAUAAAGCAGCCACACAGCUUCA